UUUGAUUUUGGACCGGUCCGUGAAUUUUUUUUUUCAUCUGAAUUUUUUGUUUGAAUUUUUUUUUGUUUUGAAAUUUUCAUUGAUCAUUGAGAAUUAAUUUUCUAUUAUCAAAAUGGCUGAUGCUGCUGCACGAUCGCAGCAAUUUGAUUAUCGAGCCAAUUCUAAUUUGGUUCUUCAAGCUGAUACCCGUCUCAUUGAACGUCGACCACGAGAUGAAGCAACGGGUGAAGUUGUAUCAUUAGUCGGUAAAUUGACUACAAUCAAAAUGGGUGAUCGUUAUCAACGUACAAAACCACAAAUGGAAGGUAAACCAUCAUCGAAAAAACAUCAUCAUCAUCAUCAUCAUUCGGAUGGUAAUAUGAUGAAAAUGAAGAAAUCAUUAUUAUCCGAAGAUAUAACCGAAUCGAUGGGAAUACUUUAUCAUCCAAAAACACCCGAAACACGUGAAACAUAUGAGUUAAUAUUGGCAUUUAUAUCCGAAAUGCUUGGUGAUCAACCAAGAGAUGUACUUUGUGGUGCUGCCGAUGAAAUUCUUCAAGUAAUGAAAGCAGAUAAUACUAAAGAAAAGGAAAAGAAAAAAGAAUGUGAAGCUUUAUUAGGUGCAUUAGUGACGGAAAAAUUUUCCAUGCUAUCCGGUCUUUGUCGAAAGAUAACCGAUUUUAAUUUUGAAGAUGAUAAUAAUCAAAAUAAUCAUGCAAAUGGUGAUGGUAAUCUUGAUGAUACCUAUGGUGUAAAUGUACAAUUUGAAGAAUCAGAUGAAGAAGAAUUCGAAGGCAUGACAAAUGAAAUUCGUGAUGAUGAAGAUGAUGAAGAAGAAGGUGAAGAAGCAGCUAUAGAUACGGCUAUUAAAGCAGCAUCAAAUACAGCCGCUGCUACUGCCAGUUCUUCUGUUGGUGGUUCGGCAACGAAUUCAUCAAAUGAACCAAUGGCUAAAAUACGUAAAGGUAAAGAUACAAAUGUUCAUCCACGUGAAAUCGAUGCAUAUUGGCUUCAACGUAAAUUGAGCAAAUAUUUUGAUGAUCCGGUGGCUGCACAAUCAAAAGCAGCUGAAGUGUUGAAAAUACUGAAAACAGCACGUGAUGAUCAUGAAGUAGAAAUACAGCUUAUCGUGUUACUUGGUUUUGAUCUUUUUGAUUUUAUUAAACUUUUACAUCAUAAUCGACAAACGAUAUUAUUUUGCACAAUGUUGGCACAAGCACAACGUCAAUCGGAAAAGGCAAAAAUUAUUGAAAAAAUGAAAAGCGAUCCAGAUUUGAUGGAAAUUUUGAAAAAACUUGAAACAAGUCAAACAGAUACAACAGCUACAUCGUCAUCAUCAUUGGAUCAUUCAAAAGAUUCUGCUACAUCUAAAACGGCGGCUACUAAUGAAGAUGAAGAAGACAGUAUUUUUUCUGAUAAAGUAAAAAUGUUAGAUCUUGAAGAUCUUAGUUUUCAACAAGGAUCACAUUUUAUGGCAAAUAAACGUUGUCAAUUACCCGAAGGUAGUUAUCGUCAACAACGUAAAGGAUGUGAAAUUAUUCAUGUACCAGCAUUGAAACCGAAACCAUUCGAUCCGGAUGAAACAUUGGUGCCGAUAAAUAAAUUACCACGUUAUGUUCAAUCAGCAUUUGAUGGUUUUAAAACAUUGAAUCGUAUCCAAUCACGUUUAGCACCAACAUUGUUGGAAACAGAUGAAAAUCUAUUGGUCUGUGCUCCUACUGGUGCUGGUAAAACCAAUGUUGCAUUGUUGACAAUGAUGCGUGAAAUUGGUAAACAUAUUGAUCCAACUACUGGCCUAAUAAAUACAGAUGAAUUUAAAAUUGUUUAUAUUGCACCAAUGAAAUCAUUAGUACAGGAAAUGGUUGCAAAUUUCUCCAAAAGACUAUCCAGUUAUAAUAUUAAAGUUGGUGAAUUAACUGGCGAUCAUCAACUGAGUACGGAACAAAUCGUUCAAACACAGAUUAUUGUUUGUACUCCAGAAAAAUGGGAUGUUAUCACACGUAAAGGCGGUGAACGUUCAUAUACACAAAUUGUACGUUUAAUCAUAUUUGAUGAAAUUCAUCUUCUUCAUGAUGAACGUGGACCAAUCCUGGAAUGUCUUGUUGCACGUAUGAUUCGUUCAAUUGAAACAACACAGGAAGAUAUCCGUUUAGUUGGCCUAUCGGCUACAUUACCAAAUUAUGAAGAUGUUGCCACAUUUCUACGUGUUGAUCUAAAGAAAGGUUUAUUUUAUUUUGACAAUAGUUUCCGACCUGUACCAUUGGAACAACAAUAUAUUGGUAUUACUGAAAAGAAAGCGGUGAAAAGAUUUCAAUUAAUGAAUGAAUUGUUGUAUGAAAAAACCUUGGAACAUGCUGGCCGUAAUCAAUUAUUGAUUUUUGUUCAUUCACGUAAAGAAACCGGAAAAACGGCACGUGCUUUACGUGAUAUGUGUCUUGAAAAUGAUACACUUGGAAUGUUUUUGAAAGAAAAUUCUGCUUCAACCGAAGUUUUAAGAUCUGAAGCUGAACAAGUAAAAAAUCUGGAAUUAAAAGAUCUACUUACCUAUGGUUUCGCUAUCCAUCAUGCCGGUAUGACACGUGUUGAUCGUACAUUGGUUGAAGAUUUAUUUGCUGAUCGCCAUAUACAGGUAUUGGUUUCAACGGCCACAUUAGCUUGGGGUGUCAAUCUGCCUGCACAUACGGUCAUUAUCAAAGGUACCCAGGUUUAUAAUCCAGAAAAAGGUCGUUGGAUUGAAUUGGGUGCUCUGGAUGUAAUGCAAAUGCUUGGUCGUGCUGGUCGGCCACAAUAUGAUACACUUGGUGAAGGAAUCCUGAUUACACAGCAUUCUGAAUUACAUUAUUAUUUAUCAUUAUUGAAUCAACAGCUACCUAUUGAAUCACAAUUGAUAUCAAAAUUACCAGAUUUAUUGAAUGCUGAAAUUGUUUUGGGCAAUAUUCAAAAUGUUAAAGAUGCCGUUAAUUGGUUAGGUUAUACCUAUCUUUAUGUUCGUAUGCUACGCAAUCCAACAUUAUAUGGUAUUUCGUAUGAUCUGUUGAAAGAAGAUCCAACACUAGAACAAUAUCGUACAAAUCUUAUCUAUACGGCUGCAUCUGUUUUGGAUAAAUGUAAUCUAAUACGUUUUGAUAGAAAAUCCGGUAAUAUUCAAGGCACCGAAUUGGGUCGUAUUGCAUCACAUUAUUAUUGUUCUACUGAAACAAUGUCGAUAUAUAAUCAAUUUCUUAAGCCAACAUUAUCAGAAAUUGAAUUAUUCCGUGUAUUUGCUCUAUCAGCAGAAUUUAAAAACAUUACCAUACGUGAAGAAGAAAAAUUAGAGCUACAAAAAUUAAUGGAACGUGUACCGAUACCGAUAAAAGAAUCGAUUGAAGAACCAUCAGCUAAGGUUAAUGUAUUGUUACAGGCAUACAUAUCACAAUUGAAACUUGAAGGUUUAGCAUUAAUGUCCGAUAUGGUUUAUGUAACACAAUCAGCAGCAAGAUUAGUACGUGCUAUAUAUGAAAUUGUUUUGUUUAGCGGAUGGGCAGAAAUGGCUGAUAAAACAUUAUCAUUAUGUAAAAUGAUUGAUCGUCGUAUGUGGCAAUCAUUAUCACCAUUACGGCAAUUUAAACGUAUACCAGAAGAAGUGAUAAAAAAAUUGGAGAAAAAAGGUUUCCCAUUCGAACGGUUAUUUGAUCUUGGACCGAAUGAAAUUGGUGAAUUAUUACGAUUACCGAAAAUGGGCAAAUUGGUUCAUAAAUAUAUUCAUAUGUUUCCAAAAUUGGAACUUUCUGCUCAUAUUCAACCGAUAACAAGAUCAACAUUGAAAGUUGAACUUACCAUACAACCAGAUUUUCAAUGGGAUGAACGUAUACAUGGAAAUUCUCAGGCAUUCUGGAUCAUUGUCGAAGAUGUUGAUAGUGAAGUUAUACUGCAUCAUGAAUAUUUUUUACUAAAACAAAAAUAUUCACAAGAUGAACAUAUUGUUAAAUUUUUCAUACCAAUUUUUGAUCCAUUACCGCCACAAUAUUUUAUACGUGUAACAUCCGAUCGAUGGAUUGGUGCCGAAACCGUUUUUCCUGUUUCGUUUCGUCAUUUAAUUUUGCCGGAAAAAUUUACGCCACCAACUGAAUUAUUGGAUCUUCAGCCAUUACCAUUAUCGGCAUUUCGUAAUGUUCAAUUUGAACGUCUUUAUAAAAAUGAUUUUCAUUCAUUCAAUUCAAUACAAACACAGGUAUUCAAUUCAUUAUACAAUACGAAUGAUAAUGUAUUUAUUGGUGCACCAAAUGGUAGUGGUAAAACUGUUUGUGCUGAAAUAUCCAUAUUGCGUUUGUUUAUGGUGGCAAAGGAAGCAAAAUGUGUUUAUGUAACACCUAAACAACAAUUGGCACAAAUAAUUCAUUCACAAUGGAAUAGAAAAUUUGCAUCGUUAGAAAAAUCUGUCGUAUUACUUACUGGCGAUACAACUGUUGAUUUGAAAUUAUUGGCUAAAGGUGAUAUUGUAGUCACUACGCAUGAAAAAUGGGACCUAUUAUCAAGACGUUGGAAGAAAAGUAAACAUGUCCAAAAUGUUAAUCUAUUCAUUGCCGAUGAUCUACAGCUAUUGGGUGGUCAAGAUGGUCCUGUUUAUGAAAUCAUUUGUUCACGUAUUCGUUAUAUGUCAUCACAGAUUGAAAAAUCUAUACGUAUAGUUGCAUUAUCAUCACCGAUUGCCAAUGCAAAAGAUAUCGCACAAUGGCUUGGUUGUAGCCAUGGUCAUACAUUUAAUUUUCAUCCAAGUGUUCGACCAUUACCAUUGGAGAUUAAUAUACGUGGUUUUAAUCAAACACAUAAUGCAACACGUUUGUUAGCAAUGUCCAAGCCUGUUUAUCAAACCAUUUUAAGUCGGUCAUUACAGAAUUCUGUGUUGAUAUUUGUUCCAUCACGUCGGCAGGCACGAUUAACUGCAAUCGAUAUGCUUACAUAUGCAGCAGCGGAUGCAAGACCAAAUCGUUUUUUACAUUGUGAAGAAGAUGAUGAAAAUUUUCAAAAAUUUCUUAAAGAAAUAACUGAUCCAACUCUACGGGAAACCAUUUCCAAUGGUGUUGCAUAUCUACAUGAAGGUACUAAAAUGAAAGAUCGAAGAAUUAUUGAAACAUUAUUUGAAGCCGAAGCUAUACAAAUUAUUGUCAUAUCAGCCAAUCUUUGUUGGUCAACAACAAUAUCGGCCCAUUUGGUAUUGAUUAUGGAUACACAAUUCUAUAAUGGACGUAUACAUUCAUAUGAAGAUUAUCCAAUAUCGGAUAUUAUACAAAUGGUUGGACAUUCUGGUCGUAAUUCAUUGCGUAAUGAUGAAUGCUCUAAAUGUGUUAUAUUUUGUCAGAAUACCAAAAAAGAAUUUUUCAAAAAAUUUCUACUUGAACCAUUACCAAUUGAAUCACAUUUAGAUCAUUCAUUACAUGAUCAUUUUAAUGCUGAAAUUGUUACCAGAACAGUUGAAAAUAAACAAGAUGCAGUGGACUAUCUAACAUGGACUUUCCUAUAUCGUCGUAUGUCCAAGAAUCCAAAUUAUUAUAAUCUAUCUGGACUAACACAUCGUCAUUUAUCGGAUCAUCUUUCGGAAUUGGUUGAAAAUACAUUAAAAGAUCUUGAAGAUUCUAAAUGUAUAUCGAUUGAAAAUGAUAUUGAUUUAAGUCCAUUGAAUUUUGGAAUGAUUGCCGCUUAUUAUUACAUACAUUAUUCGACAAUUGAAUUGUUUAGUUUAUCAUUGAAUGCAAAAACUAAAAUUCGUAAUCUAAUUGAAAUUAUUAGUAGUGCAUCUGAAUAUGAAAACAUACCGAUUAGACAUCGUGAAGAUGGUAUUCUACAACAAUUACAUUCAAAAGUGCCGAAUAAAAUACCACAAGCCAAAAUGUCUGAUCCACAUACGAAAGCUAAUCUGUUGAUUCAAGCUCAUCUAUCACGAAUAUCAUUGUCAGCAGAAUUACAACAAGAUUCCGAAGAGAUUGUAAUGAAAACUAUUCGCCUGAUUCAAGCAUGUGUUGAUGUUAUCAGUUCGAAUGGAUGGCUUACACCGGCAAUUGCUGCCAUGGAAUUGGCACAAAUGAUCACACAGGCAAUGUGGAAUAAAGAUUCUGUAUUGAGACAAUUGCCACAUUUCACAACCGAUAUUAUUGAACGUUGCACUCGAAAUGAUAUCAACAUUAUAUUCGAUCUAAUGGAUAUGGAUGAUGAUGAUCGAAUUAAAUUGCUAAAAUUGGAUGAUAAUAAAUUAAUGGAUGUAGCAAGAUUCUGUAAUCGUUAUCCAAAUAUUUCAUUAGAACAUGAAAUAUUGGAUAAAGAUUCUAUCGAAAGUGAUUCACCUGUAAAUGUUAUGGUCUAUCUUGAACGUGAAGAUGAUAUGGUUGGUCCAGUGAUUGCACCAUUCUUUCCACAGAAACGUGAAGAAGGAUGGUGGCUAGUGAUUGGUGAUACAAAAACCAAUACAUUAAUAUCGAUAAAACGGAUAUCAUUACAGAAAAAGGCCAAAGUUAAAUUGGAUUUUGAAGCACCAGCAACAAGUGGUCAUUAUAAUUAUAUGCUUUAUUUUAUGUGUGAUUGUUAUAUGGGUUGUGAUCAGGAAUAUAAAUUUGAAUUGAAUGUACGUGAACAACCGGCUAAAUUAUCAUCAUCAUCGAAUCGAAAACGUAAAGCAUCCGAACAAGAUAAUGAUCAAUAAUCAAUAAUAAUAAUAAUAAUAAUAAUCUUUGCAUCUUUUGAUAAUUAAACUUGAAAAUAAUUUCAAUUUAUUUCAUCAUCAAUUGAAUUUUGAAAAAGAUAAAAAAAAAUCUCGAAUCUAACAGUUUUAUAUCAUAGGUGUUUCAAUCAUCAUCAUCAUUAAUAAUCAUGAUGAUUAAAAAUAAAAUUAAAUUUUUUUUUUCAUUCA